AAGAGCUGGUGGCCGGGGAGGCGUAGGACGGCGCCGUUGCGUUGAGUGGUGGGCACUCUGGCAGGCUCUCGCCCUGGGCUCCGGAACCAACUCGAACUAGGAAAGCUGUUUGAGACCCAGCUUAAGGGGAGGAGCUCUGGACCUGUGGGAGCACAGUCCCUGUACCUCCCCUGCUGUGCCCCCUCCUUUUCCCACUGACUUGGAGACCGGGGGUGAUCUUCUGAGAAUUGCCCUCCCCACCCCCAUCCCCACCGUGAGUCCCGUGUUGAGUCAGAGGACCUGCAUCUGAUUUUAUCCCACUGAGCUAGUUCCCCAGGCUUCCUUGGCCUUCCAGGGCCCUGUCUUAACCCUUUUUCAGCCCUGGGACUUUUGGUCUGAGCCCUGGCCUGCACCUCCACUGGUUGGCCCUGUUGGCAAGUGGGCCUAGAGCAGCCAGAUCUCCCUAAACCUCCCCUGCCCUUAAGGAACCAUAUCUCUCAGCAGAGAGCAGGUGCCACAUAGCUGCGCACUUCAUUUAAGGGAGCUCACGGGGAUCAGGAAAGACUUCCCAGGAGAGAGAAUCUUUGAGCAGAUUCUUAAAAGACUGACAGGAGAAAGGUCAUUCCAAGCUGAUGAAAGAGUGUGAGCUAAGUUGGGAAAGCUCAAGCAGGACUUCAGUUAGCCUGGCGAAUGAGGUGUGGGGCAGGGACAAACUCAGAAAAGUAGCUGGUGUGGGUCAGGUGUUUGGACUCUACAUAACCGAGGACUUUAGGGAGGUGAUUGGGUGGCAGAGAUGAAAGAUCAGAAUGGAAUGAGACUGAAGUCAGAGGCCAGUAAGGAGAAGGAGAGGUCCCCGGAAGUUCAAUAGGGUCUGAGUUAGCACAGGGGCAGUAGGAAUGAUGCAACAGGGACAGGCUGGCAAAGCAGUGGGAGGAGGAACUGGCAGGAUUUUCCCACUGUCUGAAGGAGGGGGGAAACGAUUUGAAGACAAAGAGGUCAGAUUUCUAGUAUAAAUCGUGUGACUGGGAAGAUUUGCUGUAAAGUAGCCAAAAGGGGAGGAGGGAUGCUGAGCUCAGUUCUGCAUAUGGGAAGCUUGAAGCACGGGCAGAGAUCCAUAUGGAGAUAUCAAAUAGGAAGUCAUUCAUUCAUUUAUCUAUUAUUUAUGCCAGCCUCAAAGGCAGGUUACAUAAAAGUCACAGAGAAGAUAAAAUGAUGAAACCAUUAAAACUCAGUGAAAAGGACCUGAUAGCUAGGGGAAAAACUUCAGAGGAGAGUGGAUGAUUGUUACUGGAAAGUGUUGGCUCAGAAAAGCCACUGAAAAUGAACGCAGGACUCAUUUGAGCUUGCUGGCAGCCAAGCAAAAAAGAAAAAAAAAAAAAGGACACCUAAAUAAAACAGUUCACUAGGCUGGAUCUCAGGACAACUCCGGGGAGAGGCAAUGGGUGAUAGGAGAUAAGAUGGGAUCACUCAGGUGGGGGAUGUGGGAGAAGGAGGAGAUCUGAGCACCAGGCCAGGGCUUUGGCGAUACUGACAUUUAAGGAAAGGCUGAUGUUCUCCUGAGGAGGAAGGCCCUUCCUUGGUCUGGACUGGGAGGUGGAAUGGGACGGUGUGGGGGUGUGGGUCCAUUCACAUCAUUCUUUCUGCAGGGGAACAGAAUAGAAGGUGCUGUGCUAAGUCCCCUGGGCUCUGACCUCUGCUGCUAUGAGGUGGGGCUGCCAUUUGCCCAGGGCCUCUUGGGGCCCUGGUCUGGGAAGAGCACUUCAGCCAGCAGAUGAACGUAUCCCUUUCCUGAUCCACUGGAGUUGGCCUCUUAAAGGGCAGAGUCCCACUGGGCCCCCUAGGGCCUUUAUUCGCCACUAUGGAAGCUCAGCGGGCAGUGGUCCCCCAUCAGAGAGGCACGGGCAGUUGUUCCGGGGCAUCGCUGCAGCUGAAGCUAUCCAGCAGCACCGCCGGAACCUGGCUGAAUGGUUCAGCCGGCUGCCCAGGGAAGAACGCCAGUUCGGCCCAUCCUUUGCACUAGACACGGUCCAUGUAGAUCCUGUAAUCCGAGAGAGCACCCCCGAUGAGCAUCGCCCACCAGCCGAGCUCGCCCUGGAGCAUCAGCCACCCUCGGCCGGGCUCCCCCUACUGGCCCUGUCUCAGCUCUUUGAUCCAGAUGUCUGUGGGCGCCGAGUGCAGACAGUGGUACUCUAUGGGACGGUGGGCACAGGCAAGAGCACGCUGGUGCGCAAGAUGGUCCUGGACUGGUGUUACGGGCGGCUGCCAGCCUUCGAACUGCUCAUCCCCUUCUCCUGCGAAGACCUGUCAUCCCUGGGUCCUGCACCUGCCUCCUUGUGCCAACUUGUGGCCCAGCGCUACACGCCCCUGAAGGAGGUUCUGCCUCUGAUGGCCGCGGCCAGGUCCCGCCUGCUCUUUGUGCUCCAUGGCUUGGAGCAUCUUAACCUCGAUUUCCGGUUGGCAGGCACUGGGCUUUGCAGUGAUCCCGAGCAGCCAGUGGCACCUGCUGCCAUCAUUGUCAACCUGCUGCGCAAGUACAUGUUGCCAGAGGCCAGCAUUCUGGUGACCACCCGGCCCUCUGCCAUUGGUCGUAUCCCCAGCAAGUAUGUGGGCCGCUAUGGUGAGAUCUGUGGCUUCUCUGAUACCAACCUACAAAAGCUCUACUUCCAGCUCCGCCUCAACCAGCCAGACUGCGGGCAUGGUGCUGGGGGAGUGGGGGUCACGCCGGCUCAGCGUGACCACCUGGUGGAGAUGCUCUCCCGGAACCUGGAGGGGCACCACCAGAUCGCUGCCGCCUGCUUCCUGCCCUCCUAUUGCUGGCUUGUCUGUGCCACCUUGUACUUCCUGCAUGCCCCUACCCCAGCCGGCCAGACCCUCACGAGCAUCUAUACUAGCUUCCUGCGUCUAAACUUCAGUGGGGAGAUGCUGGACAGCACGGAUCCCUCCAAGUUGUCCCUGAUGGCCUAUGCAGCCCGAACCAUGGGCAAGUUGGCCUAUGAGGGGGUAUCCUCCCGCAAGACGUACUUCUCUGAAGAAGAUGUCCGUGGCUGCCUGGAAGCUGGCCUCAAGACCGAAGAGGAGUUUCAGCUGCUGCAUGUCUUCCGCCGGGAUGCCCUGAGGUUUUUUCUGGCCCCGUGCGUGGAGCCAGGGCACCAGGGUACCUUCGUGUUCACGGUGCCCGCCAUGCAGGAAUACCUGGCUGCCCUCUACAUUGUGCUGGGUUUGCGGAAGACGACUCUGCAGCGCGUGGGGAAGGAAGUGGCUGAGCUCGUGGGCCGUGUUGGGGAGGACGUCAGCCUGGUCCUGGGCAUUGUGGCCAAGCUGCUGCCCCUGCGGGCCCUGCCCCUGCUCAUCAACCUGCUCAAGGUGGUUCCACGAGUGUUUGGGCGCGUGGUGGGUAAGAGCCGUGAGGGAGUGGCCCAGGCCAUGGUGCUGGAGAUGUUCCGGGAGGAGGACUACUACAACGACGACGUCCUGGACCAGAUGGGUGCCAGUAUCCUGGGCGUGGAGGGUCCCCGGCGCCACCCGGAUGAACCCCCAGAGGAUGAGGUCUUUGAGCUUUUCCCCAUGUUCAUGGGCGGGCUUCUCUCUGCCCACAACCGGGCCAUCCUGGCUCAGCUCGGCUGCCCCAUCAAGACCCUGGAUGCCCUGGAGAAUGCCCAGGCCAUCAAGAAGAAGCUGGGCAAGCUGGGCCGGCAGGUGCUGCCCCCCUCGGAGCUCCUGGACCACCUCUUCUUCCACUACGAGUUCCAGAAUCAGUGCUUCUCCGCCGAGGUGCUGGGCUCCCUGCGCCAGCUCAACCUGGCGGGCGUGCGCAUGACGCCCCUCAAGUGCACAGUGGUGGCAGCGGUACUGGGCAGCGGGAGGCAUGCCCUGGACGAGGUGAACUUGGCCUCCUGCCAGCUGGACCCUGCUGGGCUGCGUACGCUCAGACCUGUCUUCCUACGUGCCCGGAAGCUGGGCUUGCAACUCAACAGCCUGGGCCCCGAGGCCUGCAGGGACCUCCGAGAUUUGCUGCUGCAUGACCAGUGCCAAGUUACCACCCUACGGCUGUCCAACAACCCACUGACAGCGGCAGGUGUGGCCCUGCUGGUGGAGGGGCUGGCAGGAAACACCUCGCUGAAACACCUGUCUCUGCUGCACACGGACCUGGGGGACGAGGGCCUACAGCUGCUGGCUGCCCAGCUGGACCGUAAUCAGCAACUACAGGAGCUGAACGUGGCCUACAAUGGUGCUGGUGACGCAGCAGCUCUGGCCUUAGCCAAGGCUGCCUGGAAGCAUCCAUCUCUGGAGCUGCUGCACCUCUACUUCAAUGAGCUGAGCUCAGAGGGCCGCCAGGCCCUGCGGGACUUGGGGAGCACCACUGAGGGUGGUGCCCGGGUCGUGGUGUCGCUGACAGAGGGGACGGCAGUGUCUGAGUACUGGUCAGUGAUCCUGGGUGAAGUCCAGCGGAACCUCAACAGCUGGGAUCGGACCCGGGUCCGGCGCCACCUUGAACUGCUGCUGCGGGAUCUGGAAGAUAACCGAGGAGCCACCCUGAAUCCUUGGCGCAAGGCCCAGCUGCUUCGAGUGGAGGGCGAGGUCAGGGCCCUCCUGGAGCAGCUGGGAGGCCGUGGAAGCUGAGACCAUGGCCGCAGGCACCUAGCUGUGUGUCUCCUGGCCCCAAGCCCCUUCCGUCUGUGGCCUCCUGGCUUUCACUACUACUUCUGGAAAGAUCCCUUUGAGGCUGGAGGCAAAGGAAUGUGCACGGCUCUGUCAAUUGCCCUCCUGGGGCACGUCCAACCAGUGCUCCCAAGUCUGGAAUUUCCAGGGUCCUGGAACAGGCCUCUUCUCCCUUCGGCUAGAAGGACAGAAGGGUGUGGCAUUU